AUGGCUUUCCGCAUCACAGCCAUUUCCAGUGACAAGAUGUUCUGCCCCUUGGGCGCCGCCCCCAUCUCGCUCUGCGGCCUCUGCCUGGCAGAGAGCAGGCCUGCGGAGUGGCUGCUCACAUCCCAGAGCGAGCGCCUCUGCGAGGACCUCCACCCCAGCCAACUGGUUACAUCUGAGCCUGUGAGCAAACAGCUGGGCAGUGAGCGCGAUUCUCCAGAUUCUCCGUUCUCGGGGGAAGUGCCGGGAACCGCUCUGAUUCUCAUCAGGCUCACUGAGCUCGCUGGGACCGGACUCUGCCUCCUGCUGGCCUCCCGGGCGUCUCUGGGUCACCCUUCCUCUGGGGCCGUGUCAUCGGGCGCCGUGCAGCGGUGUCAGGCGUCCCCUGUCCCGCCGCAGCUGCAGCUCUCCCCCGUGGACCUGUCCGAGCUCCACGCCGACCUGAAGAUCCAGGAGAGGGACGAGUUCGCCUGGAAGAAGCUGAAGGCCGAAGGCUUGGACGAGGACGGCGAGAAGGAGGCGAAGCUCAUACGCAAUCUCAACGGUACCUUCCCUCCUCCUCACCCAGGGCUGCGCUCCCACUCGGCUUGUGGGCGGGACGCGGGCCCUUUUCCAGUUCCCAGGUAUUACAGGCUCCCCCAGGCGAAGACCUCCGGCAAGUUCUCCAGGGACGAGCUGGACAAGCUGUGGCGGGAGUUCCAGCACCACCGCGAGAAGGUGCAGGAGUACAACGUCCUGCUGGAGACGCUGAGCAGGACCGAAGAGAUCCAGGAGAACGCCAUCAACCCCUCGGACAUGCGCCGUGCGCAGGAGGAGGUGCUGCACAGCCGGCACGCGGAGCUCAAGGACCGGCUGCGGAAGCCGGCCUCACCCAGCGGGGCCUGUGCCCCGCUCUCCACAGAGUUCGAGGAGCCGCGGGUGAUCGACCUGUGGGACCUGGCCCAGUCGGCCAACUUCUCUGAGAAGGAGCUGGAGGCCUUUCGGGAGGAGCUGAAGCACUUUGAAGUGAAGAUUGAGAAGCACAACCACUACCAGAAGCAGCUGGAAAUUUCGCAUCAGAAGCUGCGGCACGUGGAGCGGUUUGGGGACCACGAGCACCUCAGCCGGAACAAGGAGCGCUACGCGCUGCUGGAGGAGAAGACCAAGGAGCUGGGCUACAAGGCGAAGAAGCUAACUCACUGAACCUCUGGGGCCUCA